AUGUUUCUCAGAUAUCGAUCAUCUCGCUAUACUCUUUGGCAUGCUGGUCCAAAAAUCCCUCUUCGAACAAAUGGAUUUCGUGCAGGAGGGCUGCUCCUUCUUACUGUCUGGAGCGCCACCCUUCUCACUACUCAGAACCGACGGACCCUCCAUCUGGACCAUGAGGAGCCAAGAGUCCAUCGCAUUGGCAAGUCUGAACUCCCGGACGUGUCCAAACCGGAUGCAAAAGUCAACAUCAAUGGAAUACUGCGCCGGCAUGAGCAAUCGUGCUUCCCGGAGAAAGGCACAGGCAUAGCUCGGUAUGAUGUGGCACAGUAUGCGAGGUAUGUCCAUUUUGCCAUCUCGAUGUGGUUAGCAGCUGAGGGCCGCAGUAACAAUCCCAUCGAGGAUGCCCACGCUGAAGCGAUCCUCCCUGUUCCUUCUGGUCAUUGGUCGUUCUUUGCCGUUUUAGAUGGACACAGCGGCUGGGAGACGAGUACCUGCCUCCGCGAGAACCUCAUCCCCGCGACCAGUGGCGCCCUGGCAGAUCUCUAUUCCCGCCUCAAUCCACACACGCCACACGCAGACAUACCGGUCUUGCCCUCUCCCGAUGAACUCGACCGGACCAUCCGGGACGCCUUCAAACGUCUCGACGAUGACAUCGUCCACUGGGCGGUCGACCGGGUAUUCGCAUCGGAGUCUCGGGCCGCUGCUGUGAAUCUCUUAGGGCCCGCCUACGCAGGAGCCUGUGCCCUACUCGCGUUCUACGACGCCUACAGCUGCGUCCUCCGCAUCGCGCUCACAGGGGACUCACGCGCUGUGCUCGGCCGUCGCGGCACCAACAAGAACGGCGAACCCGUCUACGAGGUGCACGUUCUCUCCGUAGAGCAAGACGGCCGCAGCCUUGCAGAAGAGUUCCGUCUGAAUGCGGAGCACCCCGGGGAAGCAGUCGUGCAGAACGGCCGUGUGCUCGGCAUGGGGCCGUCGCGCGCGUUCGGCGAUGCUCUGUACAAGUGGAGCCUGGACGUCCAGUGGAAGCUGAAGCGAGAGUACCUUGGGCGUACUCCCCGCCCGUUCAUCAAGACGCCUCCAUAUUUUACUGCAGAGCCGGAGGUAACCCAGAUCGAGGUCCGGCCGGGUGACUUCCUCAUUCUCGCCACAGAUGGUCUCUGGGAAUCGUUGACAAGCAGCGAGGCCGUCGGCCUAGUCGGUCUUUGGUCAGAACACGGAUAUGGACACAAUGGGCCAAGUAAAACUGGCGAGCAUCGAACCUUGGCAGUACAAGAACUGCCUGUUGAGCUAAGCGAAGACGAGAAUGAUGAAUCUGUGCGAUAUCGGCAAUGGGGCGCUAAGAAACAGUUUGUGAUCUUGGAUGAAAACGCUGCCACGCAUCUGCUACGAAAUGCACUGGGUGGUGCAGAUGAAGACCUCGCCUCGGCAAUCAUCAGUAUGAGGGCUCCUCGAUCGAGGACGUAUAUCGACGAUAUUACAGCCACAGUGGUAUUCUUCGAGUAG